UGGGUGUUGCUAACCGCCGGUUAAUUCCGAAGAAGAAGAAGAAGACGCAGAUAAAGACGUAGAAGAAGACGAUGACGAACGUUGAAUCUUCUAGCUGUGAACCCGGAAGUCCCGUCGUGUCCGCUCCAGCUCGACGCACCUCGGCUGGGUCACGCUGCAAACCAGCCGGAUGUUUUGCGUCGCCAGUAUGUGAAGGGAGCAUUGUCUCAUAUUCUCACAAAGCGCACCGUGCAACUCCAGCAGCGGCUCUGACCAGGCACCAAUGAGUCCGUCUUUGUGAGAGGGCAGCCUUCCCCCGGUGUACUGGAUGUCUGUGACAGAUCCAUGGGCCAGAAGGACCAUGUGGAGGCAGGAGCAGGCCACAUCCUUGACCUGUGUCUGGACUUGGAGUACCUCCACGUAGCGGGGAGCGACCGGCAGGCUGGCGGCGGCGCUGACGGGCCCCCUGCUAUGGAGGAGCAGGGGGAGACCUCCGGCAACAGCAGCACCGCCAAUUCCCCCCCUCCUCCAGCUCAUCAGGGUUCAGCGGAGGAAAAAGCCGGGUCCGAUGUGGAGUGUGAUGCGGCGUCAUCUCCCCUGGACCCGGAUGGAGGAGAGGGCGGGUCCACUCACAGUAAGAACACCCACCAGCCGCUCUGUCGGACCCAGUGUGUGGACUUAGGCAGUGAAGGUCCUCCUGAGCCCCCAACGGAGCAUGAACCUGACACCCCUGCCCAGAGCGCCCAACCUGAGCCUCCAUCAAACCCAGCUCCAGCAGAGCAAGCGUCUGAACCGGGCGGGAAGGAGUACCAGGCGAAGCUGGAGUUCGCCCUGAAACUGGGCUACUCCGAGGAGACCGUGCGGCUCGUCCUGUCCAAGCUCGGCCCCGACACGCUCAUCAACGACAUCCUGGGAGAGCUCGUCAAGCUGGGCAACAAGUCGGAGAGCGAGCAGCCGACUGCAUCGCUCGCAUCCACGUCCUCUUCUUCAUCCACCUCUUCUUCAUGUGGGUGCUCGGAUCUGCUGGACAGCCAGAGAUCAGACUCACCGUGUCCGUCAGAGUCCGUGUGUGACCAGGACAACCUACGGCCCAUCGUGGUGGACGGAAGCAACGUGGCCAUGAGCCACGGCAACAAGGAAGUGUUUUCCUGCCAGGGCAUCCAGCUGGCUGUUGAUUGGUUCCUGGAGCGUGGUCAUCAUGACAUCACGGUGUUUGUGCCUGCGUGGAGGAAAGAGCAGUCUCGCCCUGACGCCCCGAUAACAGAUCAGGAGAUCCUGCGUCGCCUGGAGAAGGAGAAGAUCCUCGUCUUCACACCUUCACGGCGGGUGCAGGGACGGCGGGUGGUCUGCUAUGACGACCGCUUCAUCGUGAAGCUGGCGUAUGAGUCAGACGGCAUCAUCGUGUCAAAUGAUAACUACAGAGACCUCGCUAAUGAGAAGCCUGAGUGGAAGAAGUUCAUCGACGAGCGGCUGCUCAUGUACUCCUUCGUCAAUGACAAAUUCAUGCCCCCAGACGACCCUCUCGGCCGCCAUGGCCCCAGCUUAGACAACUUCCUGAGGAAGAGGCCUGUGAUGCCCGAGCAGAAGAAGCAGCCUUGUCCAUACGGAAAGAAGUGCACUUACGGGCACAAGUGUAAGUACUACCACCCAGAGAGAGGAGCUCAGCCUCAGCGUGCCGUGGCAGACGAGCUGCGCGCCAGUGCCAAGACCUGUGUCACCACCAAACACCAAGCAGACUCCGGGCUGGUGAAGAGCCACAGCGUUCCAGCUGGCAGCAUCGACGCGAAAAAAGGUGCACCCAAAAGACAGUCCGACCCGAGCAUCCGCGCUCUGUCGUACAGCGACGCCGAGGAAAAGCUGCUGGCUAAAGGGAGGCUGGAGAGCCAGAAGAGCGGUCUGUGCGGCGGCGGCAGUAGCAGUGGUUUCAGUGGGAGUUUCAGUAUUCCUCCAGCCCCUGGAGGAGGACCUCCAUCUGGUCUGAGCCUUCAACAGGAGCAGCAGUCCAGAGCCGCCACUCCCCAUGCUCUACCAGCUCCAGGCCAUGACCUCUACCCUCACUGUGAGUCUCCAGACCUGAGCUACUACUCAGUGACUCGUGCGUACUCCGGUCUGAGCCUCUCCUCCAGACGGAGUCCAGACUGUCGCUUCCCCAACGACACAGACCUGCGUCUGGGCUCCAUGGGCUCCAUGGGCUCAGCCGGGUCCGAGUGCGGCAGUGAGAGCAGUGUGAGCUGUGGCAGCAGCUGUGACUCGUACAGCGAGAGGCCGUGUCCUGGGUGCCCCCCAGACACCUUAAUGGAAGACAGCAUACAUUUCAGCAACCCUCACAGCCGUCUGUACCCGCACCACACCGCCUCCAACCACGAGCUGUGUGGACUCCACCCUGCUGAGUACACCACCAUCCAGCACGGCCACACGUCCAACCCUGCAGUCCACAGCUACCACAUGAGUGUGGCACGCGGGCAGACCUGCGCUCACGAUCAGCCGCCACCUGAAGCCCCCCCAAAGCGCCCUCUCUACCCGUUACCCCCUCACCUCCAGCACCAGCAGCUCGCCGCACGCUCCAGCUGCCCAGGCGACUACCACUCCCUCCCUCAGUCCAACCCUCACGCCCCCGGCUCUCCUCUGGGGCGCUGCCUGGCUCCCACGCGAGCAGAGAGCGUGUCGGACUCACACCUGUACGAGCACCUCUCCACGACGCACCAUCACCACCGCCCUAAAGCUCUACCUGGCUGGGACUCGUACUACCGACAGCCUCCGUUACCCCCCUCCAGGUACGAGCCAUCGUCCUAUCAGAGCCUGCCGGACACUCGACAGUCCUCCUGUUACGCCCCGCCCUGGGCGCAGGACGGCUACGCCCCUCACCACUCCUCUCACCCGGCUCUCCACCCGUCUACCACACACUACUUAAACCACCCGCCUCCUCACCCGAACAGCACCCCUCUCCCUCCGUACAGCUCUCACCUCUCCAUGCCCUCCCACGCUCCUCCUCCUCCUCCUCCGUCCUACAUGCACGCAGAAUCCCCCGCGCACAGCCGCUACGAGGACAUGAGGGAGAAGGUGUACGUGAACCUGUGCAACAUCUUCCCCUCGGAGCUGGUGAGCCGGGUGAUGUCGAGGAGUCCGCACGUCACCGACCCCCAGCAGCUCGCAGCCGCCAUCCUCGCCGAGAAAGCUCAGACCGGAUACUGAAGGAGCUUUUAGAAAUAAGAAGCUUCAGAUAAUCCAGAUUCACAACGACAGAUUCAACAACUUCUUAUUUAUUCAGCAGCGAACUGUACGCAGAACUUUGUAUGCAUCAUAUUCAGGCACUUCUUUUUUGAAUCACAUGGAAGGAUUAUUUAAACGUUCGGCCCUUGUCGGUGGAAGCUGCUCGUCUCCCUGAGGUGACGUCGGAGUCGUAGCUGCAGAGAUGGGUGACCCUGUCGUGUGUACCUUAGUUUUAGUAAGGGACAUCUCUCUCUUUCUCUCUCUCUCUCUCUCUCUCUCUGGCCCUUUAUUCUGGGUCGACUCUGGUAUCUGCUACAGACGGGUAACACGAGUGAUCCAUCGCGUGCGGGCUGUAAAUAUAUUUAACCGAUGACCUCGCUGUGUUUGGUGAGCUGCCGCCCGGUGUCGUCUGUAGCAGAUCUCAGCUGAAUCCAUGCUAGACAGAGAAACCUUGUUUGAUACAAAUUGUAUCAUUAAUAAGUCGCUGGUGUUACACAGUACAUGGACUUGUUGAUCUGUAUUUAUCAAACUCUUGAUGUUUUUGUUGCUGUAGGAGGAAGAGCUGUGUUCCAGUCGAGACGUUCAGACGUUGAAUCUUGUGGAAGUUGCUUUGAGACAAUUAUUUCACACGUGUGUUGGGAACCUGAAGGAGUCGUCGGCCUGCUUUGUUCAGGCGUCACGACCUCUUCAUUUCGCUUUUGGGGGUUUGAAGCUGGCUUAGUUUUUACAGGAGCUCCUCUUAGAGAUCAUGUUUGAUGCGUACGCUAAAGGUUGGGGUUUUAAAUUUGCUCGUACAGCCUGCAAAGUUUCUUCACACUGAACGCUUGAAACAAUAGAGUUUUUAUUGUUCUGGUUCAAUCAGGAGACUAAGCAGACCGGCCCCUUCCUUGUUCUCUGAUAUUUAACUCCGGAAGUCCUCUAUCCUUUGGCGGCCAUUUUGGAAGUCAGAACAAUUUAAAAAGGAAAGGUAGUGCUCAGGUGGAGAUUUAUAAAUCAACAGAUUAGCUGCUUUCUUAAUAUCUUGGACAGUUAUUCCCUUCACAAUAAGAUCCAGUCUUUAUAGAACCAGAGAUGAUCUGUCAUGUUUGAACAGCUGAUUAAAUCUAGCAUGAAGUUUAAACAGUGCAAAUGUUCUAUGCUUUGAGAUGACUGGACUGUAAUUUGACAACUCACGACUGGCUAGUUUGUAUCAAUCAAUCAGUUAACAAUGAAGCUUUAUUUAUAAAGCACCUUUCAUACUAAUCAAAUGCGAGUCCAUGCAGCGCCCUCAAAAACUAGUUACAGAAUUUUAAAAUCAAAAAGAAAAGAAACAGGGAUUGUGAAGGAUGCAUUGAGAAUGAAGCCACUACAGCACGAUAACAAACCUUUAAGUUUUCUUAGAAUCAAUAUUUUUCAGCCACACUGUCACAAGACGGUACAUUAGAGUUGUUUAACACGAGAAUAAUAACUCCUGAGGCUACCUGAGCACUUUCUUUGCUCUGUCACACUUGAUUUCUUCACCCAGAUCCAGAUUAAAAAUUAAACAAACUUAUUCCACUGAAUUAGAUUCUGUCUUCCUCAUGCUCUGACAUGAACGCUGCAGGACAGACCCGCAGUGUCCAACCAAAAUGUCCACCAAGGAAUAAAAGCCACCAGAGCGAGCUCGUCAUCCUGUUCAUCACAAGCCAGCGACAAAGAGCCCACUGGUUUCUUUCCUGUCCAACGCGUCCCAUUGUACCGACGACAAAGCGUACAAUCACACGUGUUGUUGAAGAGAGAACCUUCGAGUAUAUUGAAGAAGCGCCUUCGCUCCGGCCUCCUGGCACCGUGUGUCAGUGUGGCACCUGAGCGUGGGCCCAAAGUAAUGCCUCUUCAUGGCAUUGUGCUUAUGACACAUCCAAUACUCUGAACUAUGUUCAGCUAUAUGUUAUGCAUGUUUUGAUUUGUUUGGAUUCUGCAUGUUUUUGUUUUUUUAUUUGUAUAUAGCUGUGUGUGAGUGCGAGCAGUGACGUUCCUGUAGGCUCACUUCGACACUAACAGGCUUGUUUUUCUGCGACUAUGUGUUUGAUUAGGAAUCUGUUGUGGUGUAACACCCUCUUUUACACAGGUAUGGAUUCAUGGAGAGUGAAAAUGGAAACAUUUUGUCACCGACUUUUGGGCAAGACGUUAUUCAACGCGACGUAACGACAAACACAGCAUGGUAAUUCUGUUUCAAAUGAUAUUUACAUUUUUCCAGUAGAGUAACUGUAACUAACCGAUUCUGUAACAUUUUCAAGUGUAUCUGUGAUUGUUGAUUAAAGAUGGUACUGAUGGAACCAA